CUCGCUGCCUGCAAUGCGCGAGUCCAUCCAUUUUUGCCGCUGAAAAAAAGUGGCUCUAAUAUUUAUGUUGUGGUUCUCGGCGUAUGUGUUGUGCUGUUCGCGUUUACGUGGGUGUUGCGGAUACGUUACGGAUACUCGUGCAUCGGAUACACGCAUCGUCAGCCCGUAGACUCGCCGACGCUGGUCCAAGGUGCAGUUUGGAGGUGCUGGGUUGUCGUCGAGCGGCGUCCGACGGAGCGCGGUGGGAACGCGGCGUCCGGCGGCGGGGUCUGAUGCUUGCGCAAGCGAAGGCAUGGAGGGCCAGGCCCCUAGCCCCGUGGAAGCGCGCUUCGCCCCGGGGGCCCCGUGUCCGCUACAGCAGCACUACGCCAGGAUGCUCAUGCAGCAGCAGCACGCGGUGCCCACCUCCGCAGGCACCGCCCUAUUCCCUUACCUGAGCGCUCUGAGCAACAACGCAUCCAGCCCCGGCGGGAGCCCUCUGGGUCCCCUGGGAAGCUUCCGGGCUCCGCAUACGUCGCCAAACAUGGCCGCCAUGCGCCAGUUCUGGCCCCCUACCCCUCCGCCCGAUAUGUCAACUUCUCCUGGCUACAGUCGCUAUGGGGGGAGCUACUACUCUCUGUUCCCACCUCUGAGCUCCCCACCCGACCCCUUUGGGCCCCCUGGAAGCUUGUUUCCUCGCUUGGCACACUCUGCUUCCCACUACCCUUCACUUCUGGACAGAGAUGGCGGAUUUCUCUCGCAAAGCCUGGGCUCGCCCUUGUCGCACUACGCUUCGGCACUGUCACCUCUUGCCAGCUCUUCGCUGCUGUCACCACCCACAUCGACUUCGACGGGCACGGAUCUGAGCCACCCCGGAAAGGUGCUUGACGAGCCAAUCACACCCACAACACACAGCCAUGCUGACAGUCUGCUGACCACCGUAGCACCGCUCAACUCAUCCACGCAGAGUGUCCGACCAUUGAGCAAGCCUCCAAACGCACACACGAAGGACCGCUGCUCAGAGAAGUCUCGCUCGAAAAAGUCGUCCCAGAAAAGCACGAACAAAAGUGGCCCCACCGACCUGUCGAUGGGUGCCACUCAAGCGACCGCUGGCCGAACAAAGACUGUUGAGAAGUGCUCGCACUGCACCUGCAAGCAGCCACCGCAGAACUGUGGCACUGUGACCAGUGCAUCGUGGUCUGAGGACUUGUCGAACAAUGGUGGCACUGCCGCCACAGUCGGGGUGGCCAGCUCACCGCCGACAGAGCCUUCGACAACUGUGGGCAUGUCGUUGCAUUGCAUUCCGUCUGAUCAGGUGACGUCAACUGUUCCAUCCCCAUCGGCGCAUCCGCCACCCCUGUUGUCACCAACGGGGCCUGCCGUUGUCAGCUCGUCGACUCCAGAUGUCAGUCUCACACCACCAACUCCCGAGGCGGCUGCAGACUCCCCUGUUUCCAACACACCCCCGUUGCAUUCUCCUCCACAGUCCUCUCUUCUUCGCAACCUUUCUCCCAUGCCCAAAGCCAUGCCAGAGUUGUCUACAAGCUCUCAAAAGGACACCAGUGUUUUCGUGGGAGGAGAUUGCAGCUCAACGACAGACGAGUGCCGUGCCAUCGCUGCCGUGGCUCCCGUGAUGCCCGUCAGUUGUGUGACACCUGUGAGUUCGGUGGCCCCCGUCGUGAGUGUCGUCACGCCUGUGAAUACUGUCUCCCCAGUCAAAGCUGUCAUUUCCCCCGUCAGCACCGUCGCACCUGUCAAUACCGUCACACCUGUUGUCAGUACCGUCACACCCAUCAAUAACGUCACACCCAUCCCUACCGCCGCUACAGGCCGCCGUUACCACUGCGGCAUCAAUCACGUCAUGCCCAUGGCGCCCGUCAACCCCGUGGCUGCUGUUGUCCCACGAUUACCGUCACCAAAGGAAGAAAAAGAAGAGAUGCGACCGGAGUGUCGCUAUACCAUGGCAGUCACCAAGCGGGAGCCAGCGGAUCUGGAGCAACGCGCUACAGGCCCCGCGCUUGUGCCUCUGGGCAAGAAUGCAGUCAUGCUUUCGGUGCAGCAGACAAAGGUUGUCUCGCAGACCAGGCUCCGCGGUGGCAGCAAGAGCAGUGGGCUUGCUGUGGGUGUGGCCAAGGCCUCUGCCAAGACCACAUCGGUUUUCUCCACACCUCUCGGCUCGGGCACAGGUUCGCCCAAGGUGCAAGAAGUGGCUCCGGUCAAUCUCAAGAUUUCCAAGUCGUGCGAGGCUGUCCUCCAGAAGCCCGACGGCGCCACCUCCACGGGAAUCCCGACCUGCGUGGCAGUGGCAACGCGACGGCCGCAGGAGGCUGGUGGCAGCAAGAUUGUGGUGGAGGAGAAGUGCGACACCACGGUGUCAGUGGUUCCUGCUCUGAGUGUGCUCAAUGCCUCCAGCCAGCCGAUCCCUGUGGGCAUCGCUGUGGCACAGCAGCGCCAAGAUCACACCAUCACAUGCAGCAAGACAAGCUUGUCGUCAAGUGCAGCAGAGCAGAGUCAUAUAACAGCAGUCAGCUGCUCUACGGUCAUCUUGGCGGCAGGCGGUUCAGACAGAGGACCACGUCUCUGUGAGUCGAGGCAAGGACCAGCUGCCCACCAAGGAAUGGCCGAGACAACAACGACGUGCCUCGUCACUGCUGGCCCUGUACCAGCGCACACCACGUGGGACUCCCAUUCUGAUGCUCUGGCAAUUCGGCCUGCCGCGGCUGCACUGCCGUGGUUGACGACGCCAGCGCCACCUGUGGUGACCACGCCUACCAUCUGGCUCCCGCAAGAGGCCACUCCACCACCACUUGCGUCACCUGGUGGCUUUCAACUGGCACGGGACACCCUCACCGGUCAGUUGUACCUUGUUCCUGCAGCACCAACAAGCUGGACACUCUCCGGUGCUGCCACCGCAAGCCCCGUGCAGCAAAUCCUGACCACUCAGCAGCACACAACGUUCCAGCAGAUCAUGCCAGACCAGUGGAGAAGCGAGCUGAAACCCACUGCAACGGUUUUUGAGGCAGUGCCCCCAAAGCUGGAGAUUCUGGAGGCGGCAAAGGACCUGUCGACAGGAGCGGCAUUUACAUACUCCACAAUGCCGACUGCGGUGGCGACUCCGCCGGCCCCCUCUGUGGUGUCCUACCUGUACGACCCGUCUGCAGUGGUGCAGCAGCUGACUCAAGUGGCUGGCACCACGUCCAUGGUGGCCACCUUGGCCUCUGGAAAGGUCUCCCAGGGCACGUCUCCCCUGGUGACGACCAGCAGCCCCUCGUUGCCACCCCAACCCUUGGUUGAGCAGGGAGUGCAAGCGUCAUGUGACACGGACAAUGCAACCGAGGAGAGUGACGACGACACACUGCGACCAACACCAGCCCUGCCUUGUGUCAAGCCAGGGUCCGCGGUGACUUCGGUCACAACAGCAAUCCAGGUGGACAUGGACUGCCAAACGACUUCGGAUGACAAUGAGCCAGAUGAACCGAUGUCUGUUGCCGUGCAGACGACAGACUCUGCCAACCAGACAGACGACUUGCCACAACAGACGACGCAGCCACAUGUAGAGCCGGAGGAGCAUGACCCUGGCAUUCGCACACCGCUGUUUACGCCUCCGCGAGCAAAGGUUCAGGACAUGUCUGACAGCGAGAUAGACGACUCCAUACCAGUGCUUCUCACUCAAACUUCGGGUGUUCAGGAGUUCAUCGACCACCACGGAUUGGAUCUGUUGGUCGACAGCAUCGAAGAGUUUGCGGCCAACCAAGAGGCUGCGGCAGAAAGCAUGCCACGGUUAGAGAAGUCCGAGACUUCUCGGGAUUCGGUUGGGGAGGCACUGGUGUUGCCAGAAAAGGGCAGUAGUCCACCGGCACUAACCGCUCAGUCGCCCUCUUCUCGUCCGGAGGAAUGGUUUGCCCGUCGAAGCUUCAGCCCAGGCCCAUCAUCCAAAAUGGCACCACAGAGUCCACCGUCUCCACCUCUGCUCGAGGCCAACCUCGACUCUCCGAACAAUUCCAAGAUCUCACUGUUUGACUCACUCAAGAUUGUAACAGACUCAACUGAUUCUUUUGAAGACAAAGACUGUUCAGUGGGAAUGGCUCUUCAGCAAUCUGCCUUUGCACCGUCGAAGACGGGUUGUGACUCGGAACGAUCGUUUGCGGAGGCAAAUACUUUCAGCACACUGGUGACUGAGAAUGCAGCUUUCCCAACGAAACACGCAGCAUCGCCUUGUAAAACAGACGUUACAAAGGACUUCUCUGGUGACGACCUGAGCUUUGUCUUUAAAGGUUCUCAACCAGCAGAGAAUGGGUAUAGCGGAUUUGAAAGAAGCGCAAAAGAUUUAUCCCAGACAAAACCUCCAUUCCAGUGGCACGAUGUUUCAAAUGAGUCGGUGCAGCCCAGAGUUGUGGCUGGUGAUGUUAGUUUAGUUGCAGGUUCUGCCGCGGCAACGUUUGAUGGGUCGUGUACGGAUGGCCUUGGCCUUCUGUGUGCGCUUGCUGAACAGAGAUUCUUGGAAGAGACAAGGAAGUCCUCCGAGGUCGCAGAGCUGCCGGUGGAAGAUGAGAAGGCAGCGCCAUGUUCCGUUACUACUGAAAUGGCUCCCACGAAUGAAAAUGGCGGGAAGCCGUGUGAAGAUGAAGGGAAGCUGUCGGCUGUCGAAUCUCUGGAAAAGGCGGAACGAGAGAUGCGCAUCCAACUGGCUGAGCUACAGCGCAAGUAUCGGGAAAAGCAGCGGGAACUGGCAAAGCUGCAGCCUCGGAAGGACAAGGAAUGCGAUCAGGAAAAAAGUUCAGCGCACAGGAAGGCGUCAUCUACGUCAACAUCUCAUCAGGGGAAACAUUGCCACUCCUUAACAACUGAGCCGUUGUCACCGUUCGAUGCGUUGAAGCAGAGCUCUGCUGCAAAGGAGGUUGUCACAGACAAGAAGGCCGAUGAAGCUGCUUCAAGCAAGGAGCUGGUGAAGUCUUCGGGUCAUGAGGCAACCACCAAAAAAGCAGCAGAAAAGGUUACAGCGUCACCAGCAUCGAAAGAUGUUGAAAGCAAAAGGCCCCAGCCAUGUGUGCCACCUUUAACCAUCAAAAUUGGCUCAGAGCCAUACCAAGCGCUGACUGAACCGGAAGGCAAAGCAGGGACAUCAGAGCCAAAAGCAGCAGCUGCAACUGGCUCGGCCUCAAAACAGCGACGGAAAUCUUGCCCCGAGCCAAGCGAGCCAUCAUAUGCGGUGUGCUCUUCAAAGCAUCCAAAUGCAACAAAGGCAAAGGAAAAGCAAGAAAAGCCAGCCAAAUCGACAGCAGAGCCCCAGCAGCAAGCGAAGAAGUCGAGUCAUAAAGGAAGUUCAAAGAACAAGGAGUCCAGUUCUGGAUCGAAACCGGAGGACGACAUUUGGUGUGUGCGUCGCAGUGAACGCAUAUUUCUUUUGGACGCUGGAGUGGUUAAGUCAUCGUCGCUGUCCAGCCCACCCGAACGUCAGGAAGCCAGCACCUCCGGCACGUCGCAGCGUGCUAAGCCCGAAAAGCGCCGAAGGCAGAAAUUGGUUUCAGUGCUGCGGAAGUGCCCUAAAGCUGUUGGGGUGACACCAAACGACACAGCCUCCGACGACCAGGGGAGUGAUUCCACCGAAAAUGUGCCCCUCAGCCGGCUUUCGGCGGCUGCGAAAAGCAGUUCAGAUCAACCGCAGCAGUGCUACCUGCUGCCGGAGGAUCUUCACGACCUCACACGCGUCGUGAUGCUAGAGGACGGCCUUUUCUAUACGGGCUACAUCAAUGAAAUUCAGGCACCAGAUGUCUAUGGCAUCACACUGGAUGGCGAGCGAGGCAACAGACCGCACAUAUUUUCUCGUGAAGAAAUUUUGAAGGCAGCGGUGCGUGAAGUGAAGCCGCACUCUCUGAAAGAAGUGCCCGAGGGUCGCCGUGUCUGUGCCUACUGGAGCCAACAGUAUCGUUGCCUCUACCCUGGUCUGGUUGCUAAAGCCACCAGUCCGAACCCUUCUCCAAAUAAUUCCCUUGUCUAUGUGGAAUUUGACGAUGGUGAUUCUGGAAAGAUUCCCAUAGAAGAUGUCCGGUUGCUGCCGCAAGACUUUCAUCCUAUUGCUGGAGACCCGCACCCAUCACUUGUCCUGAACAAAAAGCGCUGCCGGAAUGCAGAGAAUGGACAGGAAGCUUCCGCAUCCAAUCAGCAAAACCCACAAAGGGUGCCAAAGAGGAAGAAGCCCAAGGGCAAGAGUAAAAACGCAAGAAGCACUUCGAGUGACGAGUCUGACUCGGACAGUGGUGAUGUCUUCGACGGACCAAGUACGUCGAAAAAACAGCGGCGGGAGCACAAGCAUCGCCGGCAUCACAAACAUCAUCGCUGUCACCACCGGCACAAACACCACAAGCGACACCGGGAACAUUCCACGGACGCUGCCAACCAGAAGGGCGGUAGCAGCAAGGCUACUCGCCGAGACAGUGCGGCAACGACUACGUCCACCUGUUCGUCGGAGCCUUCGACCUCGGGAUGCUCCCUGUACUCGGCAGGGCCCAGCGGCUUGGGAAACAAGUCCGGACUGAAAGUUCGGAUCCGGACUUCAUCCACAGAAAUGCAGCAGGUAGAUUCGGAGAGCAGCGAUGAUGCCUCAGACGAUAGCAGUUCAUCAGACGAGGCUGUGAGCAUGGCUUCUAAAAGGGGUCCUGCCAAGCGAAAAGGGCGCCUCCCCUCGGUGGAGAAAAGCAAAAUCGCGGCAUUCUUGCCGAUGCGACAGCUGUGGCGAUGGUCGGGCACAAGCUCCCAACGGCCGGGGCUGAACGGGAAGGCCAGGAAGUAUUUUUACAGCACCAUCUUCAGGGGCAGGGAAGCCAUUCGGGUUGGUGACUGUGCGGUGUUCCUGUCGACGGGACGGCCCAACCUGCCAUACAUUGGCCGCAUCGAAGCCAUGUGGGAAGGCUGGAACGGAAACAUGGUGGUCCGCGUCAAGUGGUUCUACCACCCGGAGGAGACCAAUGGACUUGCUAGGCGUCUCAGGCACCCCAAGGGUGCACUGUUCGAUUCUCCACACCUGGACCAGAACGAUGUGCAGACCAUUUCUCACAAAUGCGAGGUCCUUUCUUGGGAGGAGUACAGGGCGAUUCACAGGAUACGCAGCGACGAAUCCUGUGCCGAUGUUUACUACCUCGCUGGAUGCUACAACCCCUACGAGAAAACCAUCUCGAUUAAGCCCUCAUUGACGCUGUGAUUAUGUCGGUAGACUGCAAUCUCGUUUGCGGAAAGCUACGUGCAAGGCGUGCGCUGUCUAGUGGCUUCCUCCGCAGUGUUUUUAACUUGUCAGCAAAUGAAUUAUACAGAAGCGGUGGUUGCAAAAUUUAAUUACGACGUAAUCUAACAUGACCAGGAAGGACGGUGCACUACUAAAUAUCCAGCUUUAUUUCUCAUUUGUUAUCAGGAUACUUGAGACGCACAUUUCAAUGUGCUUGCAACUGUUUAUGCUGCAUUUGGCAUGCAUUUGUCAUAGCAAACCAUAGACCAUGUAGUUACCUGGUGAAAACUGUCUCCUUAGUGCGUAGUCAUUGUAGUGUCUUUAUUCUUCACACAGUGUUUAUAGUAGGCUUGUCGAAUGUCGCUAGCUGGUGUAGAGAAGCUCUCUGUUGGAAAACAGAUGUAAUACUGGCCUGAAUAUUGGAUUGUUUAAGUAAACCAUAUGCUUACGCCAGCAUUACCAUUCAACUACAAGCCUCUGCGCAUCAACUAGUGGAAUUCGUAUUUGCGUUUCUGUUGUGAAAUUCCUUGAUGUCGUAAUCUACACGUUGUUGAAGUGUUUGGCACAAAGUUGCCGUGAGCCGGCAAAACAGCUCGGUGCCUCGUGGCCGCCGAGCUUACGUGGCGGGCACCUUUGACACAAGAGGGCAUAUCAGAAGAUGUCAGGGGCCAGUGUCGAUAGCAGGGCGGGCUGUCUUCCAAAGACGGGGAGGAAUUAUCAGGGGUGUGAGAGCUGUCUCCUUUUCUUGCUUUCAUGUUUGUGUUUUGUGGUCGGUUCUUGCGUAAGCCCGCAUAUUUUUUCGUUUGAUUUGACACACUUUUUUCACCUAUUGUGAUGGGCCUGAGGAAGAUUCACUUGAGAGGAGUUCAGGCGCCACUGUCGCGCCUCCUCCUCUCGGUUUACGGACAGGAACGGGUGUCCGUGUGAAAUGUGUACUGCUGUUUGUACUAUACUCUCUCGUCUCGUGCGUGCACCUACACAACAUUGCUCGGUGUGUCUUUUUUGUACACUUUCUUUUGUUCUGACAAGACUGUGCAGACAGCCUCCAAGCAUGUCAUCAUGCAUUCGACGAGUUAUUAUGAAGGCAGGCACUUUAAGAGCUUGUAGCUCGGUUCGGCGUAUAAUGUAUGCGGCCUGAAUAAAUAUGCCUUGUUUAAGUUGCAAACCGUUGCACAUUAUAUAUGGGAUUCGCAAACAAUCACCUGUCAAAGUGCGAUCACUUCCAUAAAAGUUUGUGUGACUUGGCAGCAUUGUCCCAAGCUUGCCACCUCCACACCUAGCUUGCAACUUCACUGCAGUCAUUACGGUAGUGUAAUGUGGUAUUUUGCGAGGGUGAUCGUAUCCCACAAAGUGUUGGUAGGGCCUGUCCUUUUCAUUAGAGCAUAAAAUGUCAUUAUAGAUGCAGAAAGGGUACCUACUCUUUGCAACAUAUGCCCGCUCUAAUGUUAUUUAUUAUUAUUAUUAUCAAUACACUUAAAGAAAAAAUUUGAGACAAGAUUUUACGUUACAUCUUUCUGCGGUGAAGCCUUAUGAAGCAGUUGCUUUAGAAGAAUGCACGUACACCCCCACAGGGGUUUGGCUUCUUGGAGGCUGUCAAGCGGGCUUGUAUGUUUAUCUUUCUCAACUGUGCACUUGUUACCGCUCAUUUUCCUCUAGCACGCAGCUGUGUAACCUCUGUAGUGGCAUCAUGGAACACAAUGGCAUGCCUCACCCCUCCGUCUCUAUGCAUUUUCCCCACCCUCACAUGUCGGAAGCGCGCUUGAUUAGGAGGUGUCUGUAAAACACCGCCGUGUCUGUGAAACUCGUUCUCCCACGUCAAAGUUCUUCGCUGUUUGUAAAACAAAGCCACACGCCAACUGUUUGAGCAGCGGCGCGCUGCUCUCCGUCGUUCACGCUCGCGACGACGGGUGCGAGCGCACGUUUUUUUUUUGUGUGUCGCUGUCGUGGUCGAUAACCAUAGCUGAGGUCAUCACAUCACCGCGUACAUUUUGUGCAUUUCACCCACCUCAGAAAACCAGUGUUUCUUUCGCCUUUUGUAUGCGUUGCACUAUGUUCUACGAGCUGCUUCGAAGUCGCUUGUUUUUGGAACUGCUGCAUUGAGCUACUAGCUGGAGUGGAUAGCAACCGGAGUUUUCGUCCUCAUGCAUGCACUGCUUGCUACUGUGAGCUUUGUCGAAUUGCAUCGCUCCAAGACAAGGAGGAAAAGGCACUUGGGAGUGCACACUGAUGCUGAUGGUUCUGUGCUGGGCAGCUGGCCACAGGUACAUGGAGGUUUUCUUAAGCCCAUGUCUACAAUGCAUACGAGGCCAGUGAUUCCUUGCAUAAGUCACUGUUGCACAACAAUUACUGCUAUCAUCACGUGACAGAAACCGAGUAUGAGAAGCAGUCAUCUGCUUUGACUGCACCUUGAACAAACUACAGUCGCCAGCAGCUGAUGACUAGUGCCUCGAUUGUCAUCUGUUCUUGCACAAAGCUGGAUCUCUCAUCAGUGAUGAGCAGCACGUCUUAGUGAUGCUGAGACUGAAAGGUUUCGAUCUGAAGCCGGCAGGGAACAGCUGCUGGUUCAUUGUAAGUAAACACUUGUUAGCUGGCUCAAUCCUAGAACAACUUUGGUAACUUUUCAUCUCUGUGGUGGUUGUGGCAGCAUGUACACUCCGCGAGCUUAUCGGUGUUUUACUCAAGUUUGCACCGUGUGAAAGAAAAAACAAGAAAGCUGCUCUACUCAUACACUGAACUCUGAAGAGCAACACGCAUACACACGGAAAUCCGGUGUCAGUGCAAAACAUGAAGCGAACGCGAAUUUUUUUUUACUACUUUGCAACAUUUAAAGAAAAGAAUGUCUUUGCAGUGAUUUUGCAAAGCUCUGUUCUGUGCUGUUCACAGAAACGGUGUGCUCAAAGCUUAAUGGGCUUUGGAUUAUCAGGGUUUCACAGUGCUUCAUAUCUUAGUAGGGGAUGUUGUCAUAGGGUUGAGUCAGCGCUACACGCUUGUGCCAUGAAAGUGUAUACCACUGUUUAAUGGGUUUUCGGGCUGUUUAGGUGCUGGCUAUUCUGCAACUACAACCGUAGGAGGAUGCAUAUAUAUGCAUGGCACAAAAAUCGCAAUUUACAAAUCCAGCCAGCCUUUUUUAUGGCUUAAAAUUUACGGCAGCUAGUCUGAGAGACACCGGUGCUGAAAGAUGUUUUUAUCGUUUGUUGUUAAGGCCAGGCUGCCCACGAGGGUGUUGGCGUUGCACAGUUUAUGGGAUUGGGGAAGGCUGCUUCCAGAAGAGUCACUUUUGUGCACGUCUCUAGUUUUGGCUCAACAGCAAGUACCGAUGACGAGCAGUUCGAGAUGCGAGAAUUCGAUAUGCUUCACUUUACACUGCAAAAGUCGCCCAUUUUCAAACACACUGGUCUCUGUAAGAGAGAUCAGCACAGAGCAGGUACUCAAACCUGGCUUUCAAUGCGAACACAUGACUUUUAAGGGAGCUAUGAAAAAGACAAGAGAUUUACCUGCAAAUAGAAUCGUACGUUAUGGAAACUGAAGCCGUGCUUUUCUGCACAACAACUACAGUGUUUCUGUCAAAUUCAGGCAGCGUGUCAAUGCUAUAAAUGUAACGCAGGGUGGAAACUUGGGCACGUUGGCAGGACAUAAUGAAUGUAACAACAGCGUAACAGACGAGGAUUGACGAGAAACAGUGCUGACCUUCAAUGACAUCUAACAGCAAACCUGUCGCAAGUGAUUUGUCAUUUCAUAGUCAUCGACGCAGUUGAUAACUGCACCCUCGUGUAUGCAAUCCUCCAUGCCAUAUUUAUAUGGUCUUUGCUUCACUAUUAAAUAAUGCUUAAAGUUAGUGCCGUUCUUUGCCAGUCCUUGUCUGUUGUGCUGUACUUCAUUCACCAUAAACAUGACCGAAAUGCAUUCCAAUAGGCUGUUGCCACACAACCAGUCAAUACACAAUCACCAGUUAUGGAUGUUGCAUAGCCAGAAGACAAGGCUGCAAAUGUAAACUCCAAAGCGUCGGAAAUGCUACAAAGGUUCCCUGUAAGCUGUGGUUGCACAUUUAUUUGCCCGCAUUUUUAACAAAGAUUAACCGUACAGUGACCCGUGCCAGUCUUUUUCAACUAGCUUGAGAGUAAAUUCAGCACUUACUGCUGCUUCACUUGCUUAAAUUUUGCAACGUAACUGCACAAUUCGUUUAACCACUUACAAUAAACACUUGCCAUCAUUGUUUGCCUGUGUUGUGUGUAGGCGCUGGGAGCAGAUUAUUCUUCUUCUUCUUCUGCUGCUGUUUGCUUCUCUGGUGGUGAGCCAGCCAUGCGAUGGUGGUCUCUUGUGCAUUUUUGAUUGAGUGUCUCUGAACAACACAAAUUAUGCAUUGCCCCAUUGCAGAAUGUGAGCAGGAAGUGAAGCAGCAGAUAUGUAAAAAUUUGCUUUAUAAGACAAUUCAGACUGGCUACUGUACUGAGUUUGUAGUAGUUUUACGUACAGUUUUUCUUUCAAUUCAUGCACAGCCCAACGCAAGAGUAAGUAAUGUUUCUUUUUGUAGAUAUAGAACAAGCUCUGAGAUUUAGGGAGCAGUAGAGAUGUUAUCAGAAAAAUAUCUGCAAUAUCGCAGUAAGCACAUUCAGUUUGGCACUUUCCACCUCCAUGGCUGCGAGCCGAUGCAGUGUACACCAAGUACUUUCCUGUCUCGGAAAAGUGGGCCACUUGGAGAGCAUUCUUCUGGAAGCAGUUUUCCUACUGAAACACGCGGGUUCACAAGUGCUUGUAAGAUUUAGCUGAAGUGUUGAGAUGGUGCAAGAGUUUGGUGGCAGAGUUUCAACUGUUUGCAGCUCCGGAGAGAGCGCAUUAUUUUUGUAGGUGCGACGGUUGGCAUGGCCCGGGAAGAGGCUUUGGUUUUUGUACAUAGGCAAGUUGUCAUCUGCUGUCAUAUUCUGCAGUUGUGUUGCUCCUCAUAUUUCUCUUGCCCUGUUCUGCUAGCAGGAAUGAAAACUGACUGUGAUUUUCACUCGUUGAAAAAAAAAAAAUGUGGGACUUGUUGAACGUCGGUGGCUGGGAUUCUCCUCUCUCCCUCUUUCUGUCCCUUGGAAACUUCUGUUAAAGUCUUUGACUGACAACAUCUUCAUAACAGAAGAUUGCAAAAAAGUGAUUGCUACAAAGUCUGUUGUAAGUCUGUUGUGCCAUACGUACGUUCUGGGUACCGUUUGGGUGGCAAAAAAGUGUUGCAUAGCGUUCCUUGUUGUUCUGAGUUUUUUCAUUUGCGCUUCACCCGACAAUGGCUCCCUUUUGUUGAAGCCGCCAAUGCUCCCCAUGCAGUUUUAAAAUGCGUACGCUUGUCAUUUUUGUGUGCGUUUGUGCAAUGCUCAGUUUGACGAGUCUUCUUUUUUGCGAUUGGCUGUCUGUUCUGAGGAAGUUUCGUGUUGUCACUGCUCUGCUAACAAUUGUUCCCCAGUUCUUGCUUGACUCUCAAACGGCCACUUGGGAUGGUCACUUCAUUUGUAUUGUUUCUAUAUUUAACAAUUAACAAAGUUCUUAUUCAACUCCUGGAACUUAUGUCGUUUUCAAUGCAUUAAUGAACCACUUGGAUGAGGUAACUGCAAAAGGCAUGCAGGGCUCAUCCCGCGUCUUUUGUAAUAUAGGUAAUGUAAUGUAGCCACGCUCAUUUCUUGCUUGUUACUUUUCACAGGUCUGUGGGGAAAAAAGUUUGGUUCUGAAUGUUUCCUAUCAUAGAUGUCACUAGUAUUCACCUCUGAAAUAGCUGUUUUUUUUUAAUUUAUGCCGUGGCAUUUCGGAGUAUUGUGGCCCCCUAAAACCUUCUAACUUCACAGUGUAAGCACUGUACCAAAAUUUGCAGAUUGCACCCUUAAUGGUACUAGAAAGAACAGCAGGCUGACAAUGGAAUUCAGCGAUGCACCCAUUACGGAUCCUUCCUCAGAACAGCCCAGCAACAUAUACAUUGUACAAGUUCUGCUGUCUGUUUCGCAUUGCUCAAAGCUUUUUUUUUUGUUUUUGGCUUUGUUUUUUUUUUUGGUCAUCAACUUUGCCCAGAUCUCCGAGGGGAGAAGGUUAUUUUCCCUCAGCACCUUGUGCUUGUGUUGGCUUUUUUUUUUUUUUCCUGCCAAUUUUUGUCUUAGCCAUACAGGACAGCUGUCUAGUUUGUACAGAGCUUGAGUUAUUUUCUGCACCUGUCCAAGUGACCAACAAUGCGUUUAGUUACGUAUGCACUUAAUAAAAAUGAAUCCACAAAA